UACAGGGUUGGGUUAAUAGUACAAUACCUACCUGUUCAUUAUGGUCUUAUUCUCGAUGUUUGUCAACGGUUGAAAUUGCUAUAGGGAGUGACUGCUCAUUUGGUAUGCGAGGGAUCCUAGAUACGAGGAAAGCGUGUGUAUCAGUAACUUUAUGGCCAUUAUUUAACCCGCUCGGUUUAGAUGGCAACACUCCUUUCAGGACAAUAGUGGAGAUAGCAUUACCGGCUUUACUGGCUGCAUAAUGCAUCAUUUAUCGUGAACCCAGCUCGUGACCUAGAGUGGUGAUUGGCGACAGACAAGGGCCAGCCCGUGCUGUACAUGACAAACCACGAACUCUUUGAGGUUCUCCGCAGACGGGGUAGGAAACGGAUGGAGCAAAUCGCAUAAAUUUAUUCAGCGCUGUAUAUCACACACUCACGACGCAUCGGCGGGACAUUAUUUUUACCCCUUCUAACGAUUGUCGGAACUUGGCAUAAUUUAUACGAGCAAAUAUUGGAGAAUUGACUAGCUGUGUGCCGAAUGCGCACUGGGAUGGGCCGCUCAUAGGAUGGGUGUUCACCACAUCAUCGACUCGAUGUGUGGAGUUCAUUCCGUUGGACUGUGGGGACCUUUCUUUAUGACACGCUGCUUACAUAAUUACAUCCGGCAUCGCUAUCUGUCAUGUCAUCAAGACAUUGCACAGAUUACGACCGUCUCGGAGGUAGGUUGGACGCUUUGGUUGAAAGUAACGCAGACAUGACCGUGAACACUGUUCGUUCUCCAGCGGUAAACCACUAGGUACAUCUCUUUGGAAAUAUGUCGUCCAGGGAUGGCACGGCGGCGCCGGCCCUGCAAACGCUGUUUAAGCGUGUACCGUCCAUACGGGACAGAACAAGACGGGCAAGCCUCGGUCAGAUAUCGGGUACCCUGGCCAUUCACAAUGCUGUGGCCAAAGGAAAGAUCCAUCUAGCCAAGUUCAUUUUGGACGCGGUAGAGGGUCAACCACUCGUGGACGCACGGGAUGCACACGGCAAGACGCCCCUCAUUCGAGCCAUGAGGGUCUCUGAUGCCGAGACACGGAACAAAGUUGUUGACUUGCUGAUAAGUUACAAGGCCAGCGUAAACCUCGUGGACCACGUAGGGCGAAGUGCCCUCAGCUACGCCUGCGAGUUACACUGCAACGGCGUUAUCAGGAAGCUCGUCCGCAAUAACGUGGACCCAAACUCGGAGGACCACAACGGGAACACGCCCCUGAUGUACUGCGCCCUGGCCAACAAUGCCGAGGCUAUUGAGAUCAUAUCCCGGUCUUUCCGCAGACUUGGGCUGGAGGUGGACAAGGUGAACGCCGACGGCAUGACACCCCUCAUGGAGGCGGCCAAGAACGGGUACAUCGACUGUGCUCGGCUGCUGGCCCUGGAAGCAAAGGCGUCGGUCGUCAUCCGGGAUGAAGUGAGGAACAUGAACGCGGCGGAAUGGGCGCGAGAGGCUGGCUGCUCCACCUCUGAAGUGGAGGUCCUGCUCCCUAAGCAACCAUACACAGAGAAGAUGACAGAGAAAGGUCUCUUGUCUCACUGUCAGACCAAGACAAUUGCAACAAAAAACGGAGCCUUGGCAUCUCAAAGGGAUGUACAUAUUACCUCGGUAGUGGAGGAUCUGCUGAGUCAUGGUCUUACUCCACUUUCUCUUUGUACUACGUCUGACAGCAGCUUGACCUUAGAGACAGGAAACGGUGCAGUAUCAAGGCAGCACUUCACGUACAUGGAUGAGUUAGUUUGCCGGUCUAAAGAACUACUGUUGGAGAAUCGUUCGCAUGAUUUGCCGGCAACCGGAUUCAGCUUUCCCGACGUUCAUGGAGUAGGGAAGCAGCAUCCUGCGGGACAUGAACAUCACCAGUUCCCGCUUUUCGAUAAGGACGUGCAGGACAACUCGCCGACCCUCUCCAAAGGUAUUUCACCUUCAUCAACAUCACGUGGAGGCUUAUUUACGAGGAGACCCCAGCCACCGGCUGCUCCCAUGCGCCCUUGCUCAGCCGCUGCGCAGAAACCCCACAGACGAGUCCGUGGCCACGCCGGGCAGACGUCAAGCUCUAUGGAGGACCUUCUGCUCAUGGCCGACCCCACCGAACCCAUUAUCCGAUCGUCAUCGCAAAGUCCCCUCAAGUCGAGCAGCAUGAGUCGCCUGACAUACCAGCGAGGAGAUGCCAGCGAAUUGGGCAGCCCACGCUUCGAUAAACGGAGCAUCGAGAGCGAUACACAUAUUGAUCUGACAAUCCUGCCGAGUACGCUGUCUGGACGACUGAGGACAUCAUCGCAACCGUUACCUAACACCGACCCUUAUAUCAUUAGUGAUAACUCGGCAUCCGUCUCCUGCACACAUCUGCCUCCAAUAUCUCCAAAAUUUGACCAUUAGAGGGCAUCUUGUCUUUUUGGCCAGCUGACAAGCACGUUUUUACCUUGCAAUUCUGUGAAAUCUACAUUAUUCAGUUUCUUGAUGACUCUGUGUAUAGCUUUGGCCAUGCCAUUUUUUGGCGUUCCAGAUCGACGUGCAGACUCACAGGGCAAACUUGUGUACUUUUGGCGGGAACUAUUAAAUAUCUUAUCGUGUGUUAGGGAGAGCUGAUAUGGAGUCACUGCAGUUUCCACAAUAAUAAGUUUUCCUUUGGUUGGUUUAUAAUUUCAACAACGUGAUCUCACCCUGAUUUAUAAGUAUGUGUACUGCACAAUAUAACAACCCAUUUUUGCGUUUCGAUUGUAAAAGUAUUUUGUUCCACUGAAAAGUCUUUGUUUUGAUGGAAAUAUUCAAAAAAGGACAGAGUGGCAUUACAAUUUUGUAAUUUAUAGGGGUACGUUGAGGAAUUAUAUAAUGCGCGUGGAAGACAAUCCCCACGCGUUUUCUAAAGCUAACUUCACCUCAAUAAUCUCUGGGUGUGCUUGCCUUUGCCGACCGACGCUGUCUCCAAGGGGGGGGGGGUGGCACGUACGUGUCCCCCAUUGGAAGUCCGUGACCCCCCCCGCCCAAUUGAACUUUUGAAAUUUAUACAAUUAUCUGUAGACUGGCAGAAAUGUCACCAUACGUGUAGUCACAUCACCUCCGGCAGCGAUUGACGCCCGUGUUUGUUUGUAUGCACAAGAUCCACUUGGAAAACGAGAUCUUUCCAUGCUAACCAUAUUUAGAGAAUUUAUGGCACUUCUUCAGUUCCCAAGAUAUUUGACAUCAAGAAAUGGAGCAUGCUGUAUUGACACUUUUGGAAACUGUCCCAUCAUGAUGAUGAGUUUAAGUUCUGCCACCAUGAACACUUAUCGGCGUCACGAAUUCUUUUCCUUUGAGAAGAAAGAUGCGACCAUUGGCAAGUAACAGCUUAAUGCAUGUUCAACCACCGUUCGCCCUAAGCUGCCCCAAAGAGUUAGUCCUGUCAGUUAAAAAACUCCAAACUGGAAUCGCUGACAUCGCAUCAUGUCAAAUAAUUACGCCAUAAAGUAUCGGGCUGAAGCGACAUGUUUCACAGGCACUUCAUGAGGCUGGAGUUAAUGACGUUGGAAUUGCUAGCAAAAUGUGUGCGUUUAUUAUGCAUUCCAAAAGCGAUAGAACAGUCAUCAAAUAUUACAAUAGCUUCAAGAGAUGGCAAGGUUUCUGUUCCUUAAAAGGUUUUCCUGCUCUACCAGCUGAACCUGUGCACAUUGCAGUUUAUCUCACCGAGCUUUUAGACGGUCACAAUUCCCAUCAUGUCAUCUCAUCUGCUGUAUACAGUAUCAAGUGGGCACAUGAACUCAAUGGUUUCGCCGAUCCUACCAAUAGUGCUUUUGUGAGAAAUCUGCAUGAAUCGGCAAAACGCAUUACUGGGCAUAAAACAGUCAAAAAAGAUGUUGUCACGGCUGAUAUUGUAAGAGCAUUGUGUGACAAGUUCAAAGAUAACGGGGAUCUUGUGGUAUAAACUUAUGUAUAAUUACUACAGCAUUACAACAGCAUUCGCAGGCUUUCUAAGAUAUGAUGAGCUCAGCUCCAUACGUUGUACAGAUAUUCAAAUGAAUUUUUCAAAAUUUAGAUAAUUAAAAGUAAAACUGAUCAAUGUCGUAGUGGCAAUGCGGUCGCCGUAAAGGUACCACCUCGGCAUGUCCAUACAAUAUGUUAAAUAAAUACGUGUCAGCAGCAAAUGUAGACUACAAAAACAUCCGGUUACUUGUUCAAACCGAUUUUCAUAUCUAAAGGUAUUUGUAAAUUAAUAUACAAGGACAAGAAGCUGAGCUACACAAGAGCAAGACAGUGCAUUUUGAAUAUGUUGGCUUCAGGAGCGCCAGGUUUGAACUUAGGCUUAAAUUCGCUUAGAUCAGGGGAGCGACGGGAGCGGCUAAUAACCAAAUCAGUGAGCGUUGUCUAAAGCGUCAUGGACGCUGGAAGAGUGAUGUAAGCAAAGACGGAUACAUUGCAGACUCACUGAGGAAGCGGCUGCAAGUGACCCAAAUACUGGGUUUAUAAAUUAUGCAGUUCGAGUUUUCAUUUCAACGGAGGUACGGGAAGAGUUCAGGGUUUACAUGUAGUUAAAAGUUAUUACUUGAAUUUCUGCAAAAGUUGGAUUUCUGCAACCCUUGCUUUGGUAUUUUCUAUCUCAUCGAUUCUCGUGCUGCUCUAUCGACAAAUUAAAUUGAGAGAUUUGGUUUAGUAUUUUAUUGUGAGUGUAAAGAGAAGACUAUAUAUUUCCCGCGGUUCGCAGUAACGCGGGAAAUUAUUGUCUUGGAAAUUCGAAUAACACAUAGUGUGUGGGUCAAUAGGCAGGUGUGUUAUGUAAUCUGGAAUGUCAGGAUGGGGUUUUGAAGGGGAUCAAUUGUGUAGAUGGUUAGUUUUAGCGAGCACACCAAUAGACGCACGUUAAAAUUGUCACCAUACCGGUAGAUUUAUGAGGUGAAGUCCAACACCAGCACAGAGGGGACCACUGACAGUUUUUGGACACAGGUUUCCCCUCAACGUCAUAGUAUCCAAUGGAGUGAUUCUAAAAUAUGGAUAAAUGAUGUGAUCAGUAGAAAACCAGAUACAUGGUUUUGCUUACAAAACGGUAUUGUGUAUUAUUUAAAAUUAAAGACGACAUAAGAUAGUUGCUGUACAAUUUGCAUAUGCAAACUGGGGUAUGCAGACAGGAGUAUAACUGAAAGUUUUCUCAAUAUUAACUACUAAGAGUACGUUUCCAUGACAUGGCCGAUGGACGACUUAUUUUAUAUUGAGCCACUGAUGUACAUUUUUCCUAAUGGAAUUUGAAAUAUUGUAAAAAAAAAUAAAAACCCAGUACAGCACAUGGCAUAAAUGGUAGUCAUGCCGAUAGAAUAAAAGGUGAGGAAUGAGCACCGAUUCUCAUGCAGCACUAUCGCUAAAUUUAA